AUGGCUGAUGAUAUUAAAAAGACCGGCAAACAAAUUGCCAAGGAAAUCGAAGUAGCUGUUGAUAAAGGUAUAGAUUCUGUCAAAGCAGGCACUUCAAAAACAGCUGAAGCAGGGGCAAAUGUUCUAGGAAAAGGUGCUGAUGCUCUGAACUCAGGCAAGAGGAAAUUGACCGGAAAGAAGACAUUCAAAGAGAAAGUGAGCGGCUUCUUCGGCGGGUUCAAGAAAUGA